AUGAGAAUGAUCCGACUGUAUGAUCUACUACUGCUCAUUUUGUCAAUUUCAUGUGUUUUAACAACACAUUUCCUUGGCGGAAGUAUUACUUGGCAUCCAUUGAAUUCAUCAUCCACCAAUAGUCCAGUUCAAAUUGUUAUCACUCAAACAUAUUUAUGGAAACAAACUACAUAUUCUUGUUCAGCAGCACAAAUUGCUUCUGGGACGUAUCAGAUACCAAUAGGUAAUUCAUUAGGAGGAAAUGAAUCCUUAAGAUGUAUAUCACCUCCCGCAACAUGUCCGUCCGACUGGGAUACACAAAAACCCACUAUUAAACCCUAUUGUACAGAUGUUUCGUCGGAUUUGGUGACUACAGUUGGACAACGAUCAGAUGUUGUGACAUUAGAUGCAAAUGCAAAUUUUACUAUUGCAUUUCAAAGUGGGAUGUGGAGAACUUUAAAUAAUCCUGGUACAGGAACAAUUCAAAAUAAUGACGCAAAAUGGUCAGUCUCUACGUCUAUUGAUUUAAUACCAAGAUCAGAUGGAACCUAUAAUAGUGCUCCAGUAGCGACAAUGUUAUCACCGAUUAACAUUCCGGUAUUAAUUCCAUUUAUAAUACAAAUACCAGUCGUUGAUGCUGAUGGUGACGUUAUUCGUUGCCGAUGGGCACAAAGUACAGCUACAUAUGAUGAGUGUGGUAGUGAUUUUAUAGAUUCAUUGAGUACCGAUCCUUUGAGUGCUGUUCCCGUUCAAUUUCUUCUUCAUGUUGUUAAUGCAUCCGCAUGCGGUGUGAAACCACAAAUAAUUGGAAUUCCUGUUGAUCAGUCAUGUAUACCUGUAGUAGUUGGACAAGUCUUUACAACACAAUUAAUUGCUCUCAAUUCCUGUCCGGGCACCAUUAUUACGGACAUUGCCACAUUGUCUUUUCUAGCUGUUGAUAAAGGCAAUACAACAAAAUAUAAUUCAUCCAUUUGGUAUAAGACUUUAACAUGGAUACCAUUAAUGAAACAACUUGGAUCACAAGUUAUGUGUGCAAUAGCUAUCGAUAAUGUUAAUUCACAAUCGACUCAAUAUUGUAUUACAUUUUAUGUUUCAAUCGAUUUACUCUGUGGAUGUCCAGGUCCAGAACUACAAAACUGUUCGACAACAACUAUAAGUGGUGCCGCAGCUCGACGAUGCCGUCUGUUUAGCUAUCAUCCGAAAGAAGGACAAUUUCAAUUUUAUUAUAUAGAGAGUAUUUGCACUGACAAAAUUCAAGUAUUGGGAACACCAUCAAUAAGUGAUUUCCCUAAGAUAAAACACUUUUUUUCCUCCAAAAAGAAACAUGAGAAACCUUACAUUGUGUAUAAUGCCUCAUCAAGUAGUAGUACUAUUAGCCGUUCAUCAUUGAAUAUACCAUUCGAAACUGAAGCUACAACGGAUUCUGAAAUAAUGACCGGUGAACAACAACGAAGGCAACGUCGUAAUACAAAUAUAAGUGGUAUUACUGUUACAAAAAUAAACCCAUUCUAUUUAAGUCCUCAUAGCGUUCCCGAUGAAUCUGCUCAACCAUCAAGUGUUUUCGCUUCUAAUAACUAUCAAUUCCCGACAAAGUCCACAAAAAGAAACGAAAGUAUAAUAACAGUAACAAAAUUAAAUUCAAUGUCUAUGAUAAAUCACGGCAGAGACUUACCACAAUCAAAAGGACGUGAACAUAGUUCUUCAUCAUCUAUAGUGUCUGAAUCAAAACCUCUUAUCUCAGUUGUUAAUAAAAAACGACACAAAAGUGCAAGAAAUGGAAUAACUGGUUCGCAUCUGAAACAAACCAUUGAACCAACGGUAAAUAACAUUCCUGCUGGAACCGAGGUUGAUGCUGUAAAACAGCGCAGUAUGCAGUCUAGCAAAAAGACAAAGGAUACAACAGUUGAGCAAAUAUUACAUCCCGAACGGAAAGAAACACUAAGAUCAUCAGCUGUUCAUAUGCCGAUAAGUAAAUCUGUUAGUGUUUUGCGAAUUAAGGGCGAAAAAUCAGCAUCACAAGCAUUAAAAACUAUCGAAAAUAAUUCUAGCCGAGAAAGAAAUAGUUCAACAGAAGUGCAAAAUCGAAUGCCGGGUGUAACUGUUGUUAAAUUACCAAAACUUAAAAAUUCAUCUUCAAACGAUGAGGUUAACUAUGUAGAUUGA